AUGCAUGAAUCCAGGGCAAUCUUCCUAAAGAAGGCCAAGCAAGCACCUGCCUGCCUCCAGAGGCUCAGCCGCUGUCCCCCUGGUCUGGAACCUCAGCCUGUUGCUGACAUAUCAGGGCUGCCCGGGAUAAAAGCAGAACAUCUUGGAUCUGAGUCUUUCGAUCCCCCUCCCCGGGGCCUCGACGGCCCUUGGCGUCACGUAGAGACCUUUCCCAGAGCUCGCGGGGUGGAAGCGGCGUCGGGCAGGACCAGACGGACUGGCCCCCAGCCUCUGGUAGACACACCGCCGGCUCGCCGGGCUGGAGAACUUUGCGAAGCGCCCCAAACCGCUCCCGGUUUCCACUUUCAGCCAUUUCUCUCCUUCUCCCCUCACCAAGAGCGGGGACGGAGCAAGCCUUCGCCACCUGUCUCUGGCACCCGCCGAGGGAAGACAGGCCAAUGGAAAGAGGGCAGAGGUUCACACCCCACCCCCGAACCCCAGCGCCUGGCUGCCCGGAGGUGGCUCCAUAGCCCGAGGGAACCGACGCCCCCGGGCCGGCUGCCUGCUCCCCCACGGCACGGGCCCCACCCCCAAUCCUUCCGGCGCCCCAGCGCCCACCCACCCGGGCGCGGGAGUGGGAGGGUGCCGCGUGGGCAGCCGGAGCAACAGGCGUGGGAGCAGCGCUCCUCGCACUUCCUGGCUCCAGAAGGCUCGGUCGCGUCCCUCUUACCUUCCGCGAAGCCAGCCCGGGCCCCGCGCCCGGCGCCCCGCGCGCGCGAGGAAGCUGCAGCCGGGAGCCGGGGGCCGCGGAGGCGCCGAGCGCCCAGCAGCGCGGGGAAGCGCCCAGCAGCCGCCGCUUGCGCGGCUCCUCCUCGCCAGCGAAGUCUCGCUCGCUGCCUCCCUCGCUCGGUCCCUUUCCCGAGGGGGGAGGUGGUGGGGGCGCGGCGCAGGCGGGGCGGGGAGGAGAGGAGAGUCCGGGGGAGGCGGCAAGGCUGCGCCCUCGGCUCUCUUCCGAUCCCCGCGGGCCCUGCGGCCCCAGGCCGGGCCGGAGAGCGCCGGGCCGGAGAGAGCCGAGCCGCCAGGCAGCGGAGGGAGAGAGGAGGAGGACCUGGAGUCUCGCCGCGGGAGGGUGCCCAGGGCGAGGGCGUGCGAGGGGGAGUGACUCCGCGCGCGAGGGUGUGUAAGAGUGUGAGUGCGUGUGUGUGUGUCUGUGUGUGUGGAGAGGGGCGCGCGCGUGAGCGGGGGGUGGGGAAACGAGGCAGAGCCUGGUGCGUCUCCCCGGGCGAGUGGAGGAAUCCUAGGGUGUGCCUGGAGGUGGCGGAGUGUACCGACGCGGGUGUGAGCGCGUGUGCCAGCGAGGGUGGGCACGGGGGUGAGUGUGGCAAGGCACUUCUUUCUCAAAACCAGCAAUGUGGAACGUGCGAAGGACGCUGAACUAAGAGUGCGAGCCCUGGGUGACUACCUUGGCCUGCA